UUUAGCGCUUAGCGUUUUCACAGUCUAGUGAAAAAUGCGAACCAUAUCGACACGCAACGCUGUGCCGCUCCUAUGGCUGUUUCUAUUUGUUGUCCAUUGGACGUCAGCAGCUUCAUUCAAUUUGACCAUUUUGCACACAAACGACAUUCACUGCCGUUUCGACGAGGCCAACAAAAAUGCCGGGACUUGCAGACAACAGGACUCGGAUAAAGGCAAUUGUUUCGGCGGCUACGCUCGACUCGUCCACCAAGCGCGACAAAUCCGGAAUCAGCAUCCGAACACGAUUUUUCUCAACGCUGGCGAUUUCUUCCAGGGCACCAUCUGGUAUAGCAUUCACAAAUGGAAGGCCGUUAGCCACUUUGGAAACAUGCUAAACCUAACCGCUAUGUCUCUUGGCAAUCACGAAUUUGACGAUGGAGUUGACGGGCUUAUACCAUUUGUGGAAUCUGCCAACCACCCGGUGUUGGCAGCCAAUAUUGACAGCAGUAAUGAACCGCGGCUGGAUGGGAAAAUUUCUAAAUCGAUCGUCGUGCAAGUUGGGGGGAAAAGUGUUGGAAUUAUUGGUUAUCUGACUACAGAAACAACGUAUAUCUCCUCCGCGGGUAAAGUCAAAAUCUUUGACGAAGUUCAGGGCGUUCGGGAUGAAGCGGAACGCCUCAAGAAGAGCGGAGUCAAUAUUCUGAUUGCAGUCGGUCACGCGGGUUAUCUAAAAGAUAUGGAAAUUGCUUCAAAAGUUCCAGACAUCGACGUGGUGGUAGGCGGUCACACCAACACUUUUCUGUGGAAUGGUCCGGCUCCAUCAAUCGAAGAGCCACAGGGACCGUAUCCGACUAUGGUGAAACAGCCAUCUGGGAAAAGUGUGCCAGUCGUCCAAGCUUUUGCGUUUGGCAAAUACCUGGGUAACUUGAUGGUGACAUUUAACGACGAAGGAGAGGUCAUCGCCGCAGCAGGUCUCCCUAUUCUUAUGGAUAAGAGUAUACCUCAAGAUCCGAGCGUCUUGCAGGAAUUAAUUCCUUUUCGUAAAGAAGUUGAAGCAUUAUCCGAAAAGGAAGUUGGGAAAACUCGGGUUUUCUUAGACGGAAAUCGACUGUCAUGUCGAAUGGUUGAAUGCAAUCUCGGAAAUUUCCUAGCUGACGCGUACGUCGAUUUGUUCACUAAGUUUGCAGGCGAGGGCCAGUGGAAUAAAGUAGCUAUCGCUCUCGUCAACAGCGGAGGAAUUCGGGCUUCUAUCGACGAACGUGCUCAAAAUGGAUCCAUCACUUAUGGCGAUCUCCUUGCUGUCGCUCCUUUCAGUAAUACGGUCGAUAUUAUCAAAAUCAGCGGCGAAACGCUGAAGAAUAUUUUCGAGUUUACUGUGCACGAUUAUAAUCCUACAGCUUUGGAUCCUUUCGGUGGAUUUCUGCAGGUUGCAGGUGUACGUGUUGUCUACGACAUCUCUAGGUCCAAAGGGGACAGAGUAACGGAACUUUUAGCACGUUGCAAUAAUUGCCGCAUUCCAAUUUAUCGUCCCGUACAGCCUGAGGAAACUUACGACAUCGCAGUGGCUAGCUUUUUUGCGGGUGGAGGAGACGGUUUCGCCAUUAAAGGAAACAUUAUUGAACAUACACUUACGGGUAGUCUCGAUGUAGACACGAUUAUUGGUUACAUGGAAAGGAUUUCACCAAUUACGACAGGUGUGGAAGGUCGAAUCCGCUUUACCAAUGAAACAAUGGCUUGUGGAAAAACGAAAAAUAAUGCGAAUUCAGGAUCGACAAAUCUUUCUGGUUUCGCAACUUUCGCUGUUCCCAUAUCUUCAUUGACGGCACUUCUACUAUACUGCUCUCUCAAACAAUAAUAAAGUAAUA